CUUCCGGCAGGCCGGCAACACCGAGUCUCGAGCGCAACUUUCUUUCUUGGUUCGGUCUGACUAAUCAUAAUAAUCGCACUCCACUGCAGGCAGCUUUCGGCGUCAACGCUCGCAACUUGGCACGUGUUCGUCAUGUCAGUCGCAGCUGCCCAACCGACUUGCUGUGUACCACACACUCACCUCAGACCCUUUGCUUGGGAUCCAAUACAGUAGUCUGGUAGUAAAUACCUCAUGUCACAAGCAUUAGACACCGGCAGCGCCGAGGAUCAGCACGCCCACAACGACUUGGCUGAGCAGCCUUAUCCAGAGAACGACAACGUAGAACCUACAGAAACGGAGAAAAAUUUUAAGCCUUCGGCGGAGCUGCCAUCGGGGACCUCGGAUGCUGGACCCUCGCAGCCAUCAGGACCUCAGGUACAGGAAAACACUCCCAAUGUUGCACCGAUCGGCGAUUUAGCUCCCGAGGCAGCGAAGGUCGUGGCAGAUAAGGACGAACCCACGCUCAGCGAAUUAGCAAAUGUCAUGAGACAAGUAUUGGAUGUUCUCCAGGACUCGACGAUUGCCUUGAAGAGUGGCAAGGACAAUCGGUCUCGUUUUUGGAGGGUAUACAAGCGAGUCGCGGAGGAACACGACGGCGAGUUCCUCGAGCGAUACACUACGGACAUGGACAUCGUCUUGAUCUUCUCUGGUCUUUUCUCUGCUGUCAGCACAUCCUUCAUUGUCGCAAUGGAGUCCAACCUCAGUCCCGACCCCAGCGAUACCACGAAUGCCCUUUUGAAGCAACUCGUUCAAAUCGGACUCGGCAAUGUCGCUGCAGCGGGUUCCACGCCCGCAGACCCAGCAUCUACAUGGUCGCCGAGCACGCCCACCCUAUGGAUUCAAAUGAUCGCAUACGCAAGCUUGUCGAUGAGCUUGCUCGCCGCGUUCGGGGCCGUACUAGGCAAGCAGUGGCUCGGGUACUACAAGUCGAACAGAUACGGCCGGGGCUCUCAGGAGGAGCGAGGGAAACGCAGGCAAGAGAAGUUCGACGGCCUCGUCACAUGGUAUUUUGAUGCUGUCGUGCAAUCCUUUCCGGUCUUACUUCAAAUCUCACUUCUUCUUUUCGGGAUCGCCCUCAGCGCCAACAUCUGGUAUGAGCAGCCGAGCGUCGCCUGGGUCAUCAUUGCAACGACGAUAUUCGGAUUUCUGUUCUAUUCCCUGACCGUGAUGGCAUGUUUGAUAUCUCCCGCUUGUCCAUUUCAGACACCGAUAUCGACCAUGUUGCGCAUCUUUCACAUCGACAGUUUUAUGCACGGUGUCCAAACGAGUCUUCGGUCAUUUUCAACAGCUCACGACAUCACUGCAUGGCGUGCUGGAGCGAUUGCUUUGUAUCGUCAGGUUGAGCUGGAACCGAUUGUCUGAAGUAUUUAGAGGCCCUGUACAUAUAGCCGGCACAUUCGCACAACUAUCUCUUCAGCAGUUAAUCACCAGGCUUCAUACCUGGCUGCGUUUUGUUGUUUCGCGCUUUUCGAUAAAGGUCCUGGACCCAGAAGCACAAUUGCUCGGCCAGAAUUUGAAUGUUUUAUCGGAGAAUGAAUCCGCCCUUCCCCUCCCUGACACACCCACCAGCAAUCUCGAAGCACCUAGCGUCAAAUGGCUGCUUGAGACCUCUACGGAUCCUGAAGUGUUUCUCGCCGCUGCCAGCCUUGUUCCGCAGGUCGAAUGGCCCCUGGAUCUUGACACCUCAGACGUGUUGUAUCAGCUGUAUGAUACUUUCAUAAGCUGCGUCGGCUU